AUGCAAUCUGAUGAUGAAGAAGAAGGGCCCGUAUGUCGUCUGUCUCAUCCAGCUCAUCCUCACACCCUCUCCUAUCGAACUGGCGGGAAGCCUCCGUCUGGUUGCUUUGCAAGCGGCAAAGAAAUGACGUUUUGCGAUGCAUUCUACUAUCUAUGUAAAACAUGUGAUGUAGAGUUCCAUGAUCGUUGUCACAUGUCGCCGAGGAAGAUGACACACCCUUUUCACCCACAACAUCCUCUUGUUUUCAGUGUUUUAAACCACAAAACCAUGAUCAUAUAUGAGUGCAACCUACAUGAAUACUAUGACGAGGGAUUCACCCCCCAAUCCGGCAUACCUGAUCAUGGUAACGUUUUUGAAACAUGCACUUGGUGUGGAGGAAAUUUGAAAGAUUACAGUUUUUUCUACCGUUGUUCAAUCUGUAACUUUUGCUUGGAUCCACCUUGUUCCAAAAUAUUCCCACUUCCUACUAUCCCAAAUCCAAAAAGCCAUCACCAUUCACUCUUUUUCCUUCCUCGGCCACUUUUGCUUCCAUGUGAUGCAUGUGGGUUGGUAGAAAAAAAGAAUCCAAGUUAUACUUGUCUUCAAUGUAACUACAUUGUCCACGAGAGCUGUAUAGAUUUACCACGCAUCAUAAAAAUCACUCGCCAUCCCCAUCGCCUCUUUUAUAGACCUUUUCUUUCACCCACACUUUCAUCGUCAUGUCGACUUUGCUACAAGACAGUUGAUAUUAAGUAUGGUCAGUAUUCUUGCAAUCAUGAGGAUUGCUCUUAUGUGGCUCAUUCCAAAUGUUCAACUCAUACAACAGUAUGGGAUGGGAGCGAACUCGAAUGGGAACCUGAAGAAUCUGUUGAAACUGAAGAAGAUGUUGCCCCAUUCAAGAGAGUUGGUGAUGAUUUGAUAAUACAUUUUUGUCAUGAACAUCAUCUUAGGCUUGACAAGUAUAAUGGUGUUCGAGAUGCUGAGAAGCAAUGUCAAGCGUGCACACUUCAUAUCGAUUCUCGCGAUUUCUACAAUUGCGUGCAGUGUGACUACUUUCUCCAUGAGGUAUGUGCCAAUCUUCCUCGGAAACUUGAUCAUGCAUUGCAUAAUCACCCUCUUGUCCUAGAUCCGUCUCCUCCACAAGAAUACAGCUUUCUCUCCGUAGGCUGUUCAGUUUGUUCUCGGGCGUUCACGGGUUUUAGGUACAAGUGCUGCAAAGAUGGUUGUGGCGAAGAGAGUCGCAGACAGUUUCAAGUAGAUGUUCGGUGCAUCUUAGUUCCUGAUUAUUUCACUCACAAGAGCCAUGAACAUCCCUUGUUCAUCCCCAUUUCUACUGGUGAAGCAAUGAUUUUUUGUGCGAGUUGCGAACGUAGGUGUGCUGGUUACUAUCUGCAAUGUACUUUAUGUGACUUUGCAAUAUGUUAUGAAUGUGCUACCAUUCCAAAUAAGUUACACAACAAAUAUGAUGUACAUCAACCUCUCUCCCUCUGCUACGGAGACGUCUCGGACGAAACAUAUUGGUGCGAAGUAUGUGAGGAAGAAAUAGAUCAAAGAGAAUGGUUCUACACAUGCAACAAACCUUGCAUCACUAUCCACCGGAGUUGCCUAUUUGGGUCUUUCGCUUAUAUGAAGCCAGGCUACACGUUCCAUUACAACAGAUCUUUAAGUGUGAAAGUUGUUUCCAACACUAGUAACACUCGACCGAUUUGCCAUCAUUGUGGUUUCCGCUGCUCGAGCUCUGUAUACUUGGAGUUGUCUACUGAGACGCAUAUGUGUUCUUUCAGCUGUCUUACAUUUUUGAUGUGA